UGAGAAUGUUGUUUUGGUCUGCAGGUUUGAAACUUUCGAAGUGAACAGCUUUGAACAAUUCUGCAUCAACUAUGCCAAUGAAAAGCUCCAGCAGCAGUUCAACUCGCAUGUGUUUAAACUGGAGCAGGAGGAAUAUAUGAAGGAGCAGAUCCCUUGGACACUUAUAGAUUUUUACGACAACCAGCCAUGCAUAGACCUUAUUGAAGCCAAGCUGGGUAUCUUCGACUUGCUGGAUGAAGAAUGCAAGGUCCCUAAGGGAACAGAUCAGAACUGGGCUCAGAAGCUGUACGAUCGCCAUGGCAGCAGCCAGCACUUCCAGAAGCCUCGCAUGUCAAACAUCUCCUUUAUAGUUGUGCACUUUGCAGAUAAGGUGGAGUACCAGUGUGAUGGAUUUCUGGAGAAAAACAGAGACACUGUACAUGAAGAACAGAUCAAUAUACUGAAGGCCAGCAAGUACCCCAUGGUAGCCGACUUGUUUCAUGAUGGGAAAGACCCCGCGCCGGCUGCUGCGACUGGAAAAGGAGCUUCCUCGAAAAUCAAUAUCCGCUCUGCCCGUCCAACUGUGAAAGCAGCCAAUAAAGAGCACAAGAAAACUGUCGGGCAUCAGUUCCGUAACUCCUUACAUUUGCUUAUGGAGACCCUGAAUGCCACCACUCCCCAUUACGUACGCUGCAUCAAGCCAAAUGAUGAGAAGCUUCCUUUCAGCUUUGACCCAAAGAGAGCAGUCCAGCAGCUGAGAGCCUGUGGCGUCUUGGAGACCAUCCGCAUCAGUGCAGCUGGCUACCCGUCCAGGUGGACCUACCAUGACUUCUUCAAUAGGUAUCGAAUUCUUAUGAAAAAGAAGGACACCUCAAAGGAGGACAGGAAAGUCAUUUGCAAGAUGCUGCUGGAAAGCCUAAUUAAGGAUCCUGACAAGUUCCAGUUUGGGAGGACCAAGAUCUUUUUCCGGGCGGGCCAGGUGGCGUACCUGGAGAAACUACGGGCGGAUAAGUUCCGGGCCGCUACCAUCAUGAUACAGAAGACGGUGCGGGGCUGGCUGCAGAGAGCGAAAUAUCAGAAGAUGAAAAAGGCAGCGCUUAAAAUCCAGAGGUAUACCCGAGGACACCUGGCACGCAGACUGGCUGACCGUCUUAGGAAGACGAGAGCAGCCAUUGUUUUACAGAAACAAUAUCGGAUGUUGAGGAUCCGCCGGGCUUACCAAGCAAUCCACAGGGCUGCCGUCACAAUCCAAGCCUUCACCCGAGGAAUGUUUGUCAGAAAGACCUAUCGAAAGAUGCUCAUGGAGCACAAAGCUACCAUCAUCCAGAAGCAUGCCCGAGCCUGGCUAACUCGGAAGCGUUUUGUCAGGUUCAGAAGUGCGGCUGUAGUUCUCCAGUGCUACUUCAGGUGCAUGAAGGCCAAGCAAGAGCUGAAGGCCCUGAAGAUAGAGGCGAGGUCAGCAGAGCACUUGAAGAGGCUCAAUAUUGGCAUGGAGAACAAGGUGGUUCAGCUGCAGAGGAAGAUAGAUGAACAGAACAAAGAAUACAAGCUCCUGACUGAACAGUUCUCCGCAGCCGCCACUUCUCAUUCCACCGAGAUAGAGAAGCUGAAGAAGGAGCUGCAACGAUAUCAGCGGAAGAAGGGAGACGCCAACCAGCUUGCAAGCUUGCAAGAAGAGAUCGACUCUCUCCGGUUGGCCCUGGAGAAGGCUCACGGGGAAAGAAAGAUCGUAGAAGACACCUAUGCAAAGGAGAAAGAUGUGCUCCGAAAGCGGAUAUCGGACUUGGAAGAGGAGAAUGCGCUGCUGAAGCAGGAAAAAGAGGAGCUGAACAACAAAAUUCUGUGUCGGUCAGAAGAUGAGUUUGCACAAAAUGCUGUCGAGGAAAAUCUGCUGACGAAGAAGGAGCUGGAAGAGGAGAGAGUUCGCUAUCAGAAUCUUGUGCAGGAGUAUUCGAGGCUGGAGCAGAGAUAUGACAACUUACGGGAUGAAAUGGCUAUCAUAAAGACCCCAGGACACAGAAGAAAUCCAUCGAACCAGAGCAGCCUGGAAUCAGACUCCAAUUACCCGUCAAUUUCUACAUCUGAGGUUGGGGAUACUGAGGAUGCAAUCCAGCAGGUGGAGGAGGUUGGCAUGGAGAAGGCGGCCAUGGACAUGACCCUCUUCCUAAAGCUUCAGAAGAGAGUGCGGGAACUCGAACAGGAGAGGAAGAAGCUGCAAAGCCAGCUGGAGAAGAGAGAAAACGAAAGCAAAAAACCCCAGGUAAUUGAAAUGAAGAACGAAAUGGAUUUGGACCGCGAUACGGAUCUAGCGUACAACAGUCUGAAGAGGCAAGAGUUAGAAUCUGAGAACAAGAAACUGAAAAAUGACCUUAAUGAGCUGAGGAAAGCUAUAGUGGAUCGGGUGGCCCAGAACAACUCUUCUAACGAUGUCCACGACAGUUACAGCCUCCUCCUGAAUCAGCUCAAGUCUGCUAACGAAGAGCUGGAAGUGCGGAAGGAAGAGGUGCUCAUUCUCAGGACACAGAUUAUAAAGGCAGCCCAGCAAAAAGAUGCAGGCAGAAAUAUGGAGUCAAACAGCAACAUGCAAACUAGCUGGCCCAACAGUGACAAGCACGUGGAUCCAGAAGAUGCCAUAGAGGCCUAUCAUGGAGUGUGCCAGACAAACCGCAAGACUGAGGACUGGGGGUAUCUGAAUGAAGAUGGAGAGCUCGGCUUGGCCUAUCAGGGUCUAAAGCAAGUUGCCAGGCUCCUUGAGGCCCAGCUCCAGGAUCAGAGGAGAGAGCAUGAAGAGGAAGUAGAAACUCUGAAGGAGCAAAUGGGGACCUUGAGGGAAGAGAUGGAGAAGCAGCAGGAGGUCUUCUUCCAAACGCUGCAGCUGUCGCCAGAAGCCCAAGUGGAGUUCGGAAUCCAGCAAGAAAUCAUGCGGCUGACCAGCGAAAACCUGGAUCUCAAAGAGCUGCUGGAAAAACUAAAGAAGAAUGAAAGCAAGCUGAAAAAGCAGCUCAAGAUUUACAUGAAGAAAGUCCAAGAUUAUGAAGCCGAUCAAGUCGUCGAACAGACUGAAAAGCGGCAGCAUGAACUCAACAGACAGGUCACUGUCCAAAGGAAGGAGAAAGAUUUCCAGGGAAUGCUGGAGUAUUGCAAAGAAGAUGAGCCGCUACUUGUGAAAAAUCUCAUUACAGAUCUGAAGCCCCAAAUGGUCUCUGCCACGGUGCCCUGUCUUCCUGCCUACAUCCUUUACAUGUGUAUCAGGCAUGCAGAUUAUAGUAACGAUGAUCAUAAAGUGCACUCCUUGCUUACCUCUACCAUCAAUGGCAUUAAAAAAGUAUUAAAGAAACAUCACGACGACUUUGAGAUGACGUCGUUUUGGCUGGCUAACACCUGCCGCCUUCUACAUUGCCUGAAGCAAUACAGUGGGGAUACGGGUUUUAUGACCCAGAAUACUGUGAAGCAGAAUGAACAUUGCCUGAAGAACUUCGACCUCACUGAGUACCGCCAGAUCCUGAGUGAUCUUUCCAUUCAGAUCUACCAGCAGCUCAUUAAAAUUGCAGAAGGCGUCUUGCAGCCCAUGAUAGUGACGGCGGUGUUAGAAAACGAGAGCAUCCAGGGUCUGUCGGGCGUGAAGCCAAUGGGCUACCGCAAGCGGACCUCCAGCAUGGGGGACAGCGACAACUUCUACACCUUGGAGGCCAUCAUCCGCCAGCUGAACACAUUCCACAGCGUCAUGUACGACCAGGGCCUCGACCCCGAGAUCAUCCAGCAGGCUGUGAAACAGCUCUUCUACAUGAUCAAUGCGGUGGCCCUGAACAAUCUGCUGCUGAGGAAGGAUGUCUGCUCGUGGAGCACAGGCAUGCAACUCAGGUUUAACAUCAGCCAACUGGAGGAAUGGUUGCGAGUAAAGAAUCUACAGCAGAGCGGGGCUGCCAAGACCAUGGAGCCUCUGAUCCAAGCAGCACAGCUCCUGCAGUUGAAGAAGAAGACCUCGGAAGAUGCAGAGGCAAUAUGUUCUUUAUGCACAGCCCUCACCACACAGCAGAUUGUAAAAAUACUCAAUCUCUACACUCCCGUGAAUGAAUUUGAAGAGCGUGUGACAGUAGCCUUCAUAAGAAACAUUCAGGCAAAUUUGCAAGAGCGGAAUGAACCUCCACAGCUACUGUUAGACUUCAAGUUCAUGUUCCCUGUACUGUUUCCAUUCAACCCUUCUUCUCUAACCAUGGACUCUAUCCACAUCCCCGCUUCUCUCGGCCUGGAAUUCCUCAACAGAGUUUGAAGAUACUAUAUUGACUCCCAGCCAAAUUUCCUAAGCAAAAAAGCAAAAAGUGGAAUUUAAGGAUAUCUUCAAAUGUGGACCAAAUGAUGGUUGAUGAACCAAUACACUUUAGUGAAUCAGUGCUGAAUUGUAUAGCAUAAGAAACUAAUCUUGUAUUUUUGGUUGGAUGCUUUUGGGUUUGUAUGGAGGGGAUUUUUUUUGGGGGGGGGAGGCAGAUUUUGCUGCUAAGAAUACUUGAAACAAGUGGGGGGUUUGUACCACUUGAUACCAUGCUAAAAAUAUUCUUUCCCUGCUGCCAUUAAGGCACCAGGUAAAUGGAAUAACUAUUUUCAUUUUCUUAGGUUGUGGUUUGAGAAAUUCUAUCUUGAAAUAAUAGAAAGAAGCCUUCAUGACCAUGCAUCGUAACGGCGUCCAUGGUUAUGGGGCUUGCUUGCACAUACUGAACUUCAGUUUCUGAAUUUCUGCUGCUGCCCUUCAUUUUCAAAAUGAUUGUUUUGGGAAAUAAAGUUGCAGUAGGCCAAACCAAGAAUUAAUUAUGUAGUCCGAAAGGAAAUUUAACUGGUGGAGGGAACAAUGCUUUUUCCUUGUAUCUGGGGCACAAGAAGAUGGUUACAGUUGUUGUCCCAGCUCCAUCAAAGGCAACUUUGUACGGACCAUAACCUAGAAGCGGUCAGUGGGGCAGUUCCAGCCUGCCUUCAGUAUAUUAAGUGGCCAUAAAUAUUUUGCCCAUGUGCCACACUGAGAAAGAGGAAAAUCACGGACCCAGAAACCUCUGCAGGAGUUCAGCCCUAUAAUUACAGCUCCACUGCAGACUGCUGCAGUUUACUCAGACCAAUCCAAAAUCUUUAUGCCUCUUUUAUCCUGUCAAUAUGUAUGAGAACACAUUGCUUUUACUGUGAUUGUGAGAAAAGAUAGAUAGGGGUACAAGGUCCAAAAUACUUCACAAAAAGGUCUGUUCCUUGUUAUCAUAGUUGAGUAGUCCUUACAGUUACUAGUGGCAGUGCCAAUCUGCAGGACAGAUUCCCUGGCCGUGUUAGGAAUCAUUGUGAAGUCAAGUCAAGAUACAGUCUGGCAGAGCUUCCAUAGGACUGGCUGGGCAAUCUGAAUGGAAGGUUUGCCUUCAACCAACUCUGUGACUUGUUUCAAGCCAGUUGUGGAGGGCAGUUGCUUCAUACCAUGGAAAAAGUUGUGUGAUGCCAUAUCUGAUUGGGUAGCAAAGUGCUGGUUGGCAGAGAGGCCUUUUGGGAGAAAUAGAAUGAGAUAUUAGCACUGAUGACAUUGCAUCAUUACCAGCAAUUUGAAGCAAACCAGAAUGGUUAGGGAAAUUAUUUUAACUUCCUAAAAUGGCACUAAUAUGCAGUAGCGUUAACAGCACCACUUCCCCAUCAGAGACUCGAUUGCCUAAUGAAACAUGGCUUAAGAAACUGGAUCUGCCUGAGCUCAGUGCUUUUAAGUAAGCAGGCAAUGAAGCAGGAAUCCACUGUUAACCAUGACUUGCCAUUACACACAAACCAGGAAACUAUGGUUAAUGGUUUCCAAACAACCCAGGAUCUGGAAGCCAAUGUUAAACCAUGGCUUUGUGUCCUGGCUUGUUUGAAAGACAUUCACCAUACUUUCUAGGUUUGCACAUGAUAGGAAGCCAUGGUUAACUGCAGCUUCCUGACGUAAUUCCCUGCCUGUGCAAAGGGAAGAGGGAAGUGGCUGCAUGCGUAUCCUCACUUACCAAGCCAGGAUGUGAACGUGACCAGUGUAACAAAUAGAAACUGUUUCACCAAUACGGCUUUUAAUCUUUGGGUUUAAAGUAAAUAGCUUUCUCAACUCUCUAUUGUUUUGACAUUAAAGUACACCUGCAAUUCCUACCUAUUCAGUUGCUUUCAAAACUAUUAAGCUUUGCAAAGGCAACACUCAACCUACUAUCAGAGAGCAUCAGAAAUGCAGAGCAGCUUCCUGCAACUUGAACUUAGGCAGCUAGCCAAUUCUAAGAGGGAGAUUUUGACUGCUGCAAAUCGAAUACCCAGCUUGCGAAGUAUCUCCCUUAUAAUAGAAUACAGUUUUUACCAAUGGACUGGUCCUAAGCAUUCUGAUCUGAUUCAGAAAAGAACUGGAGUACUUGCCCAUUUUUAGCAGGUGAUGAGUCCCAAGGGUCACUGCUCUCUUUUUUAAAAGUUCAGCAGUCUGCAUAUUGAGGUAUUGCUUGAUUCAGGCUACGUUGCUCAACACCUUGCAGUAUCGAGUCCUUGGAAGAACAACAUGCAGAGAGAGGGAGGAACAAGUAAAGUCCUGCAGUCACCCGAUACACAAAAAUCGUCUCUCUCACUCCGCAUUUCUAAUGUGCACUUACAAAUCCGCUGCUGCAACACUGCAGUGUAUUAACAUCGCAGUUGAACAGAGGUUAUAAUACAAAAUGGAACUAUUCUGGGGCUCAUGGUUUAAUAUAGCUUUUCAUAUUCCUAAUUCAUAAACCAGUAACUAUGGCAAGUAACGAUUGCUUCAGCAUGCACUUGAGACAUUACUCCUUCAGCUGAAUAUUGCUUCAGUUCUACAGUGCCUUGAGCUUCUGUUUGGUAGUUUUUUUGCCCCUGCCAAAGGUGCCCAGUUAGGUUUCAGCCAGUCUCAUGGUGGUGAAAUUACCCAAUAAUGCUCCAGUCAAGGGAAUCCUCCCCUGACACACACCCCCCCCCGCAUUGUUCCUCAUUCACACCCUACUUGGGCAUAGAAAGUGCCAGUUCUCAUGGCAAACUUUGCCUCUUUCUCUUGUGACUUCCUGCAUGCGGCAAACCAAUGUUGGACAGAGCCUAUUCUCCAGCAGUUGCCAUGACUGACCCCUUGUGCUUAGGCAUGCCAGCUUUGUGGGUUUGAAGCUUGAUAGAAUAAGGAAGCACAAUCAGUAUGUUGCCUUCGCUGAACAAAGCCAUUCUUCUCCUUGACCUUGGCAAACAACUUUCUUUAUACCACAACUGUCUCUUUCCAGCAUGAUUGAGGAGAUUUCCUUUGAAGCUUCUUUUUAAAAUAAUAAAUUCCAGGCACUUCUUUUUUUUCUUUAGCCAGUGCACAGUAAUGGUCAAUUAAAUGACAUAAAAGCAAGAAUAGCAGCAUCCAAGCCACAGUCGGUACUGCAGCAGCCAGGUAAUUUUCUUUCUGCAUUAUGUUCUCUUCCCAGGAUCAAAUCUUCCAUUUCCCAUACAAUCAGCCUGAGGUUGGGGCACUCUGCCAGUUGUGAUGAACAAGAGCAUUUGCCCCCUUAAACGUCGGGGGGAGGUGAACUGGGUGACCGCUCCUGAUUUCUCCAGUGCAAUGCAGAAUUUAGUGUUGUCCUGCACUCUAGACUAAGCAGAAAGUAUGUGUUCACACAGUUUCUCUAGUUGCACCUGUUUCUGUGUAUCCAGUUGUGCAAUUUUUUAAAGUGUUCCAGCUGCAACUGAAUCACCAUGCAUUGCUAACCAUAAUUCUAACCAGGUAGGCUAACUGAAAAGGAGCUGCAGAACCCACUUUCACAGCGACCCUAGAAAACGUAUUUAUAAAAUGUGGCUAAUGUUCUUCCUGAGGAUGGUAUUUCACUACAGCACUGCAAGGAGAAUUUAUUUAUAUUAUGUAUUAUAUCUGUGUAUAUUUUAAAAAUCUAACUGUUAGUAUAGAAAGAGAUAUGAACUGAGUAAAUAACUGUAAUAUUUAACUGCAAAAGAUUUUCAGAAGGAUCUCAUGUUAAAUAUAUUUGAUGUAUGUAAUUUUUAUGUUAUCUGUUUUUAAGAUAUCUUGGGACUUACUUUUUAAAAAGCCAAUUCACUGGUAUUGCCCUGCACAAACAUGCCUUCUCUCUUCCUCAUCAGCCAUUUAAAUAUCAUUUAAAACUCUUUAGCACAGUUCAAAAAGGUGGUUGGUGUCAUUUAUUUCAUCAUUUUAAAAUAUUUCUGAUAGAGUACUUUCCCACUGUGUGCCUUUUCACCAUUAUUCUCAAUCACUAUUUUUUCAAGACUGAGUGUUAAUAAUUCUGGGGAAACCUUUAAAUGUCACCAAAAAUUGCCUUUGGAGUUGUGAGUAGACAGUUGACACUGGAAAUUUUGAAGUAGACAUGUUCAAAAGUCGAUGAAGCAAGUUCAGUAUUCACUGUAAACAAUAGAUGCAGUCUAGCAAUUGCACAGAAUCCAAACUGGGUUUAAUGGCCUUUCCCCAAGCAGUUUUCUAAGCCUCCACCCCAUACAUGACUUUUUAAAGGGAAAUGUGUCCAAAAGUGUGGAUGUGCAGACAUUGAUGCUUGCUCACGCGCACCGCCCCUUUUGCUAACAUGGAAAACCCUGCUUUGUAGGAACACACAUUCAUAAUUAAUCAGCACACAUAUUAACAGCAAAAUAAAUUUUAAAAAUGCAUUCAGACCCACAAAUUGAGAAGGGGGGGGAAGAGAAUGCAGCAUAUAUUACAUUCCUCAUAAUAAAGGGCAAUUGAAUGGGGAUAGCAGUCAAAUUAGCAAUGUUGAAGGUCCCCUAGCAACGAAUAGCCCAGCAUGUAACUUCUCUAUACUUAGUCCAGCUAGUAUGGGAAGAACACGUCACCAGUGAGCAACUUAAGGGUUUUUUUUCCUGAGUCAGUAAUUCAUAAUUAUGUGUCAGUUAAAUUUGGGCAAUGGAUCUUUUUAUAACUAUUGGAACUGCUCCCAGAGACGAAUUCAUGUGUGAAAUUCUUACUGUAGCAAUUAGCUGAUGAUCAUGUGCUGAUGAAGCAGUCAUUGAUCACUAUUCCAUGAAUGGUGCCGUAGCUAGCAAAAAAAACCCCAACCCAACACACUUUUGUUACUCCCUUCCUUCCAGCAAUGAGAUCGCGGGUUGAGAAAGGGGUGUUACAAAGAUUUUCUAUGCAGCAGCAGGAAUAUAUCAACUGAGGCUGGAACAAAUCUGCAGCCAUAACCAGCAAGAAGGUAGAUAUCUCUCUUUGUCUAUCCUCUUCCUCCAGCAGCAGACUUCCAAAGAGAGAAGGGAGCAUUUCAAUUUCCUGGACUUGGCAGAAAUCCUAUAAAGUCGCUGAACUUCUUGGGGCUGAUUCCCACACUGCUUGGGUGGGUGCGGACUUGGUUUUGAUCUGUGCUGGCUUUAUUUUUGUCACUUCUUUAGGACAAGGGUAACUAACCUGUGGCACUCCAAUUCCCAUCAACCUUAACCAGCAUGCCAAAUGGUCAGCGACGCUGGGAGUGGUAGUCCAAAAAUAGGUUAGCCUCCUCUGCUCAAGGCUUCAGAUUACUGUACUAUAAUGCAAUAAACAGGGGUUCACAACAGGGUGUCCGCACAACUUCAUCAUAUACAUGUUCAAUGAACAUGGACAGUUUGCAUUGAAUCUAAAUCCCCAAAGCGAAUUGGCUGGCUGUGCCCUUGAAACUAAUUGUCAGAGCUGGGCAUUAGGGUACCCCAGCACCAUAACUUUAUUUAUUGAGGGGAGACUGGUCAGACCCAAACCCUAUGAAAAUCAACAACUGCCAGUGAAAUCAGCUAUUUGACUACACAAUCAUGCCUAUUUAAAAUCAUGCUGCAAUAUUAUGUGUGUACCAGGAUUAAGACACUGGUAGCAGGCCAUGGGUCUAUGUGUUCCCUUUUCCCCACCACCUGUUAAUCACAUUUUUCUAUUACAUCAGUACCACUGCUAGUUGCAGCUAAUGCUUAAGUAGGAACCUGGACUGACACCAGUGGUGACACUGAAACAAAAGUUAAGGCCGGUGGAAAUUCACAUUGAGGAGAGGAGCACACAGACACACAGCCUGCUCCCGAACUGAAACAGGAUUAAGAGAACAGAAGCAUUACGUUCCUAUUGUCCCUUUUAAGAUGUUAUAGAAAUAAAGUAUGCAAGAAUUUGCAGUGGCUGACCAGGCUGCUGCAAGCUGUGCAAGCGUUUGUAAAGGUGUAUUAACACUAAGCCAUAUUUCCUCCUCAUGCCAGCACUACAUUAACAACAUGGACUUGCUUCUUAUUGUCAGACUGCUAAACUGUAAUAGGACUGUAAUUUUAGAGGUCAGAACGACUUGGGAUUAUGGAUAGCCAGCUACAAUAAUCCUAUAACUGUGCCAAUCAAAAUAUAUUGUACAAGCCCAUUUACGCCUGUCUCCUCAACCUAUUGGAUUUUUAUGUAUUUGAUGGUGUAACAGAACAGUUUGCUUUCUGAAUUAAGGCUGAAUAUUUUAAAUACAAGCAGCCAAUAACAUUCCCCUUAAAUACUAGAAUUGUUCAAAGAACACAAAGGCCUGACAGUAAAAAUGGAUGUGCAAAAGGGAAAUAAGGAUUUGCCUAGCAGUAGCCAAUCCAGAAUUUGCUGUGUGCAUGCCGAGUCUUAGUCACCACAGGUUGAUAGGCCGGCUGCUCUGAAGGUACUUGAAUGACUUUUGAAGGCAAGUCCCAAAAAUGUAGAUGAAAUGAUACUGCUGGUAAAAGAAAUAUUUUUCCAUUUUGAACAGAUCUGUAAACUACACUUUCUGUUUGUAGGAAAACGACAAAUAGUCACUGUCCUUCAGUUGUGCAUAAAAUAUUGUGAAAUAAAUACUUUGGAAUAUG